CCCCGGUCCUCCUCGCCGCGCCUGCUGCCGCACCGCUGCGACCGCGCAGAGCCCCGUAAACUGAUAAAAGGUAGCUGACAGCGAACGCGGUCAUUUCCAGCCGUCGAUUGCGUGCGCCGCCGUUCGGAGAGGCUCUCUGAAGGCACUCAAAUUAGCAGGCGGCCGCAGCGGCACCGAACCGCACACGGAAGCGCAAAAAACCAGCAGCGCUCGCAAGCACUCGUCAAACGACGCGAACGCAAAGCGCGGUGCAACAAAGGAAAACAUGGCCGAAACCUCGCCGCGCACGACGAGCAAGCGCGCGAGAAAGGCCCCCAAGAAGAUGAGCGACGCCGCGGACGAGGACGACCUCGACGCCGUCGAAGAGGUUGAGCUGCAGGAGGCGAUCGCUGCCUCCCAGGCCGAGGCGCCGCCGCCCGAGGCGCCGAAGCCGAAACCGGAAAUCGAGGAGGGCAAGUUCUACAAGCGAGAAUUACCGGAGCAGUGCGUCGCCUUCGCCUCGCGAGAAGGCCGCGCCUUCUUCGAGUCCGCUCUUAAAUCAGGCGGCCUCGAGGGCUUCUUCGAUCUGAUCGCGCAGUUCCAUACCCAGAACGAGCCGGCCUACUGCGGUCUCGCGACGCUCACGAUGGCGCUCAACUCCCUGAAAGUCGACCCGGGCCGGCCGUGGAAGGGGGUGUGGCGGUGGUACGACGAAAGUUUGUUAGAUUGCUGCAAGGAUUUGAGGGAGGUGCAGUUGGACGGGAUUUCGUUGGAAGAGUUCGUGUGUCUCGCGGUGUGCAACGGCCUGUCUUGUGACACGCGGCGGGCCCAUGUUGCUGGAGAGGACGUCGAGAUCUGUGUGGAAAUCAAGCAGUGAGUUAGGUUAUCACGCCAUCGAGCCGACACGGUCACGGGGACAACGUCGCGUCGAUGGCGUAGAAGUCGAGCAGAUGCAGUUAUGGGGACGACGUCGCGUCGAUGGCGUGGGGCGCCCGAAAUUUGAUUUCCACACAGGUCGAGAUGGCUCCAACCACCACGUCAGUGAAGACGUGCGCCAACGUGUCCGACGGCUGCCACGCGUCGAUCACUUCCGGUAGUUUGGAUGAUUUACGAGCAGCAGUCAAGCACGCGUGCGGCCGGAGCGACGUGGUAUUAGCGGCCUCCUACUCGCGCAAGACGCUGGGCCAGACGGGCGACGGCCACUUCUCGCCCGUCGGCGGCUACGACGCUUCCACAGAUCAGGUCUUGUUGCUGGACGUGGCCCGGUUCAAGUACCCGCCGCACUGGGUACCUUUACCGGUACUCUACGAGGCGAUGCAGCGCAAGGACCCGAAGACGCUGCAGGUCCGGGGCUGGUGCUUACUAAGCGCCACCUCCUCCACGGAGGGAGAAAGCGGCGACCUCCGGGCCGCGUCGGCCAUCCUCAACACCAUCACCGGCGGCAAGGCCUCGAAGCACACGGACCUGCCCAAGCCCGGCCGCAAGCCGUCGGCCAAGAAGGGCGACGCUCCUAAAAAGCCCGCCGCGCGCAAGCCCGCGACGACGAGGAAGCGCAAGGCCGCGCCGGACGUGACGCAGUGCGGUCUUGGCGCGGCGUCCGUCAUUUGAACCCAUCACACGAACGGCGUCGGGGCAAUAACCGGUCGCUCGCCGGCACACAGACUGGUGCAAGGCCGCGGACCACUCGGCGCCCGGCCCCAAGGGCGCCGCCACGCUCUGCCCGGGCUGCGGCGACAAGUUUGCGAAAGGUGACGUGCCGCCCCAGAAGGACCCGGCGACGGGCAAGUUCCCGUGCCGCGUCGAGGGCUGCGGCGCCGAGUUCGACUCCGAGGGCGCGCUGCGGUCGCACCGGCGCCACGCUGUGCAGAAAUCAACCGUGACUGCGUCUGCUCGAUGGCGUGGAGGUUCACGAAGUUAACCUAACUCACACAUAGGCGCCACUGCGACGGCGGCACGUGGCGCUGCGGCUGGUGCGGCGCGUCCUCGAAAGACAGCGGCCACCGCAAGAACCCCGGCCCGAAAGGUCCGGCGACGUUGUGUGGGCCGUGUGGUGGCCGAUAUAGACAAGGCGCCACGGGCCCGCCGAAGCGCGACGCCGAGGGGAAUUUUCUCUGCGACUCGUGCGAUGCGAAAUUCCCGACAAACUCGGCGCUGUCCGGUCAUCGGCGCUUUUGUGAUGGAGGCAAGUGGAGCUGCGACUGGUGCGGCUGCAAGAGACUAGAGACUUCUGGAAGAGCGCCGGGGCCGAAGGGGCCGGCUACUUUGUGUGCCGCUUGUGGCGGACGAUUUCGAGGAGGCGCCAAAAGUGCGCCGUCGAAGUGCCCGGAGACGGGCAAGUUCAAGUGCGACGGCUGCGGUUCUCUGUUUGAUUCGAUAGGAGCAUUAUCCGGACAUAGACGGUUCUGCGACGGCGGUUCUUGGCGCUGCGACUGGUGCUCUUGUACGAUUAGUGAAGCGGGCAACCGGAAGAACCCCGGGCCCAAGGGCCCCGCGACGUUGUGUGGUCCCUGCGGUGGGAGAUACCGGGGCGGCGCCACGGGCCCACCCACGAGGAACGAGGCGGGCGGUUUCGUGUGCGAUAGUUGUGGUAGGGUCCACGAGACGCUGGGCGGCCUCGCGGCCCACAAGCGGUCCUGCGACGGGGGCAACUGGCGCUGCGGCUGGUGCGACGCGUCCCUGAGUGAAGUAGGAGGCAGGAGGAAUCCGGGGCCGGACGGCCCUGCAACUCUAUGUGGUCCUUGCGGUUCGAGGUGGCGCGCGGGCGCCACGGGACCUCCAACCAGAGACCACAAAGGUAGAUACGUCUGCGACGACUGCGGUUCAUUGCACGACACGAUCGCUGGCCUCGCGGGACAUAAACGGUUCUGUGAAAAAGGCCUCGAGAACUUAGUAGAUCCCGACGACGAUGUAGUUGAUGUGCUAGGGUUCGAUAUAGAAGAAGGUUUAGCAGUAGGAGACAACGUCGAGGCCUACUGGGAGUCCGAACUGGAGGGCAAGGCCUGGCACCCCGCGCGCGUCCACAAGAUCUACAAAGAGUCGUACGAGGUCGAGUGGGCCGCGGAGCCGAACGUCUUUGAUAAGGUACCUGCCAAACAUGUAAGACCGUUAGAAAGUGUGGUAGAAGGUGCUGAUAAAGUAAGUGACGUGAGCGGCUCCAUAAAGACGGAGGGGCUCGAAGAGUCGCAUAAAGCCCUGGCGGCCUGGGACUACGCGUGCUACCACGCGUCGCGAAUAGACAAGAACUGGGACGGCGAUUCUGUAGGAAGGGCCCUGCAGUGCGGCGACGAAAAUGCUUGGUUGUCUGUGCGACGCGCGGCCGACGAGGCUGCGUUAACUCAUGGGUCGUCGUUUCUGGCCUACGAAGCGGAACUGUUGGACGGUUCUCGGCCUAGAGGUGCUUUGCAUAGAUUACAUUCGACGUUAAUUGAUGCCUUGACGGCGAAGGCGACGGAUCCCAAGUCUCCAGCUAUUCCUCGCUCGGCCCCAGGCUUCCAAGCGACAUUACGACGCAACUUCAAGCACGAGAAGCCGUCCUCACCUAGAGCGGUCACCGUCGAAGAUUUAGACGGCUGCGACAUGGCAGGGAGGCAGGCGCGGCAGGUCGCGGCCGACGAGGCCGCGAUUUCCGUCGCCGAGGCCGUCGAUUCAUUGAAAGACGUUUUAUUGCAUGGAGACUGGUACGCGAGAUUGCUCGCUUUUACACGGUGUGUAGUUGCUCGUAGAAAACACGAUGCGAGAUGCGGUGCGUUUGAACGGCCCGGCGGGCCCGCGCCGCACGUAGGUGAAAAGCUGUGGCCCCUGGACGCGCAGGCGGUCGAGGACGCGGCGACGUUCGUGGUCAAAGACGCGGACCGGAGGAAGCGCGACCAGCGCGAGGGGCGGCAACGGGGCGGGCGGGGCGUUCUAGGUGAUUUUGCGUCAGAUCAAGCGGCGUGCCGGGCCUGCGAGCAGGUUUUAGAUGCCGCGCGCGCGGACGGCCGCGGCUCGUACACGCCGUGGCGCGACUUAUCGACCAAGGAGCGCUGCGCCGUCAGCGCGGCGCUGUCGUCGUUGUUGAUGGCCCGUCGUAAAGACGACACGGAUAAAGCGCUCGAGGCGCUGAAGACGCUCGGGAAGUUGAAGCAAGCCGCGCCGCCGACGCCGCCGCCUUUAGUGUAUGACAUCCCCGACGUCUUACAAGCCCAGGUUUGCGGUGUGUAUGUGACGCCUGGUAGCGCCCUCGACAAAGUUGUUGAUGGUGCGCCGCGGAAGAAACUGCGGGUCGUGGCGAAGCUAAACAACGUGAAGGUAGAACCGCCCUCGGCCGUCGUGCCGCAGGGCGCGCCCGCGGACCGCUUCGAAACUAUAAGAGGAGCGGUCGGGUCCUUCCGCCGCUCGCCCUUAGGGUCGGAUCGAGAUGGAAGGACUUACUGGGCGUUGGGUGAACGCUUCGACGUGCUGUGGUGCCGGGCGUCGACCGGCGCGUGGAGCUUCUGUUGUGAUGUACAAGAACUCAAGGCCUUGGUCGAAUCGCUCGGGAGGACGGACGACGAGAAAAGGCUCAAGAAGGUGCUGGUUAAAUUAGCGCCGAUCUUCGAGCGGAGCCUGGGAUUGACGGGCGUGGCUUGUUCUUUGUGCGGAGCGGCGCCGCCGAACGGGCAAUUGCUGUUGUGCGACGGCACCGACUGCGCGGAGGAGUGGUGCUUUGCGUGUGGUGGCGUCACUUGCGUCCCGGACGGCGACUGGAAGUGCCGGGGCUGCGUCUCAGUGCCGCUAGACGUGGCGUCGCAGAAGUGGGCGCAAUGCGACUCCUGUGCCAAGUGGCGGCGCCUGCCGUCGCACAUUGUUCUGCGGAAGCUGCCGGCGCGCUGGACCUGCGACAUGAACGUCUGGGAUGCAGACCGGGCGGCGUGUGAUGUGGAUGCGGAGGCGCGGCCCGACGGGUCCGCGUUCCGGGCGCGCGGCGGCGGGAUCAUCUUUGAUGGGGGUGGGUAAGUUUGUGAUGUGUAU